AAUAGAGAGAUGGCGCCAAUUACGUCUGCCACCGAAACCGGGGAGUUUCCCCCCCACUGACUUAGUUCCCUAAUAGAUGAUAACGCUGCUGCCGAAAUUGCCGACGCAACCAUGCCUGCAGAUAAGUUCCCGUUAUGCAGCCCAGCUGGUGGCGCCUGAAAUGAUUGCUAAGCGGGUGUAUCGUUAUCGGUUUGAUAGCAGCCUCGACGACGGUAGCAAGGAUGGAGCACCGACGGCAACCUUUCUUUCCGCAGAACAAUUGGUAAAGCGUUAGCCAUUCGACGGACGCACCGUGCCUCAUGGCUCUUGAAAUCCAACGGUACACACUGUUCGGGUUUUCAAAGGAAGUGGACUGGAGACCUUUGCACUUCGUCGAUUCCGUACCGGCACAAAGAGUAUGCAAUGUGUGUGGUCUGCUGCCAAGGGUGACCGCAUUUCUACCGUGUAGACACGUGUUGUGCAACACCUGCUACGAAAAGUCGCUGGUCGCCGAUCAACAAGCCUGUCCACUCGACGGUGACCCGUUUCUUGAAGAAGACGUUCAGUGGGGAGACUUUCCUUUGGAGAACCUGCUCAAGCGGAAGGGCGUGAACUUUCUGUGGAUCAGGUUGGAUUCCGGCGGCGUUUACGAGAUGGUCGAGCAAGUUAAUUGCACGGCAACCGAAAUGGCACUUGGAGGAGUUUAGCUGAAGGCCAGCCCUGCGAACAACUGUGAACAUGGUCGUGAGGUGUGGCAAGUGACUCUCAAAGUUCGGCGAAAACAUUCACAUCGCCGAGGAAACAGAGGUAAUGUGCUGGAAUGAAGAGAAUGGCUGUGAAGCGGUGAUGGCGGUUUCAGACAUGCCCAUACACUUUUAUGAAGACUGUGUCCACCACCCUGCGCGCUGUCCCAAGUGCUCAGCGUUUGUCCUGUGUAGUAAUAUGUGUGUGCACCGCAGAAGUAACUGCAGCUCUCAUUCUAUGCAGAACAAGCGCGUAAAUGAGGAGCCAUCGGUCGACUCAAUACAGGAAGCAAUGCUCACUGCGUUGGAGAGAAUAUUGGAAGGACGGGUUGGAGAAAUUAGGUCUCGGCUUGAUCAAGCAACACGUGACAACAACGCCCACUACGAUAGAUUGAAUCAGGUGUCACAUAUUCUAAAUACGUUGAGGGAGACCGUCAUACAGUUAGCAGAAAAGCAAAUUCGUGCAUAUCAUGAAGGCAGGAUCACCUACGUAGCCGCGCAAAGCAAAAGGCUUGAUGAAGUUUCACAAAGGAUGACAAAUGAUAUAGCGGAAAAAGUCGAAGCCAUUGCGGAAAAUGCAGCAACGAAAUGCCUGGAGAGCCUGGAACAGACUAAUGCCAAGUUAAGGCAAUAUUUUACCACCGAUGAAACCUUACUAAAGAAUGUUUCACAAACAGUGAGCGCCUUCGAAGGUAUUCUUGCGAAAGCGUUAGAACGUGCAACUGAGACGAUCUGCGUUAAGUGCGAAAAUAACGCUGUCCGCAUUGCUGCAUCAAAGGCCAAUCAGACGGAAAGCGGCCAGAAGGAACCAGCUGUGAGAAAAGAUCACCUCCUCGGACACAACACACUGAACGUUACAAGCUACGAGUUUCAUGUUAUGGGAUACAACACAUUAAAAAGAGAGGCGAUAUCAGUAGGUUACGUGAAUAACUACUGCAAUGCGAUGUAUCUGUGCGGCUAUCGCAUCUCUCCAGGGGUGAGUCUUAAGAAAAAUGGGAGCUCUGUGUCAGUGUCAGCGCUUAUAGAGCUUCACAAAGGAGUGAUUGAUGAAUUCCUGCACUGGCCAUUCAAUCGGAUCAUCAAGCUCACUUUCAUAGGUCAGUCGAAGGGAGAAGGACAAGGCAGAAUGGAGAAGGAGUUGUCAGAGAAGACUGGUCGUGGUCUGAAAUUUUAUGGCAGGCCUAUAGAGCGGAGUAAUGCACCGUGCCGCUUUAACAAUUCCUUUGACAUUUACGAUCUGGAAAGUGGAGGCUACGUGGAGGGCAACCAGCUCUGGGUAAAGUUUGAACUUCUGCCUCCGGAUCAAAAAUAAAGCAUCAGCAGGUACUGUCAGGUCUGCUCUAUUCUAUCAUACGACUUAGACCACCAGUGCUAUUUAUUUUGUUGUUUGUCAGGUGGCCAAAAUAGAUGUGUGAACAUGGAGAACGUGAAGCAACACAGAUGAAAGUGUUUUCAUCUAGAAGGAUGCCUGUAUGUGUUACCAGGGUUUCCAUUUCUAAUGUUUUGCAUGAGUCAUGUAUGACCCUUUCCAACAAAUAUGCGGUGCAAAAUAAAGUGGCAGAGAAUCAUUC